AUGAGGCAGAUGUCAGCGAUGCAAAUGUCCUCCUCCUCCUCCACCUUGACCUCCUCCAUGUGCUGCACCAAGCUGCGAAAAGUCUCACAGGGCUUGUCAAGGACCAUGGAAGAACACGUCUUCAUGUUCUGCUUAAAUUUAGAGCACAUUGGGGACCAAAUGAUGCCAGAAUGCCAUUUUAAGAUACUGUGUAAGACCUUCAGCCAGGUACAGAAAUCCCCCCAGAUCCCAGAGGGGGAGUCUGUCCCAGAUUUUGAGGAGAAGCUGCGCCCCAUCACUGCCCAAUAGGCUUUCUACGACAACAUAAACAAGCAGCAUAUACUCAAGAUCAAAAACCUGACUCUGGAGGAUGCAGAUGUUUACAAGUGCAUUGCUUCCAACAAGUACUGAGGAGCCAUCUGCUCUAUAUCUCUCACUGUUACAGAAAAUCCAGCGUUGGACUUCAAAAAGAUGCUGAAGAAACACAGCAUGGAGAAGAGAGAGGAGAAGAGGGGACCUACAGAGGAGGAGAUGUUAAAGAUCCUGGCUGGAGCUGACAAGGACUACGAGAGGAUCUGUGCCGAGCACGGCUUCACCGACUUCAGAGGCAUCCUUGAGAAGUUGAAGGAGAUGAAGAAGGAGGUGGAGGGCGCAGAGCUGCUGCAGAUCCAGUGCUCUCGCGGGGAAUAGGAAGUGAAACAGAUGGGAACCAAGCACAUGGUGUGCAUUUCUAGCGUGAGCCUCAGUGACAUGGGCACCUACAGUCCGCAGGUAGCAGACAGGAGUCUGUCAGCCAGGCUCACCGUCAUAGACGAGUAUGAACAUCUGAAAUUUGACUUCAAGCCAGAGAAUGUGACGGAGCGUCAGACUGCUGUGGUUGAGGUCUGUCUCUCUAAGAAGAUAGAUGCACCACUCAUCUGGAAGCUUUUGUUUCUGUUCUGGCAGGUAAAGGGAAAGGAAGUGAAAGACGAGAAAUGUGUCAUGUCUCUGUCUGAGGAUGGUCUGACCUACACCUUGAAGAUUAAGGAUGUUAUAGUCAGUGACACUGGAGACUACACCAUCGGCAUCCAAGACCUCACCAUGCCACUUUUCAUUGAACGGAUUCACAUCAAAUUUACCAGCCACUUGAAGAAUGUCUGUGUGCUGGUGAGAGGCAAUGCCUGUCUGGAGUGUGAGAGGGGCUCCAAGGACAUGAAGAUGAAAGAUGGGCGCGAUAUCAGAGGGAGCCGUGGCUACAUCUUCCCGCACGAGGGAAAGAGGGCAGAGGUUAUCAUCGAGGACUGCGAGCUGACAGACGAUGGGGAGUCUUCUGUCAUCUGCACCUGGGACACUGACACACAGAAAUAUGUCACCUCUGACAAUCUAUCAGCCAACUUCUUUAAGUGUUUUGCCUCAGUGAAGACUUGAAUGUUGGAUGCUCAGCGUCCUACAGGCUCCCCUGCAGAGCUGUGUGUGGCUCUCGAUGGCGAGAAGGUGGAUGGAGUGGAGAGUGCAUCAGCAGCAGCGGCUGAAGGAAUAUUCCUCGCCAUCACAUCAGGUGAAACAGUGAAGGACCACGCCGUUCGCAGAGGCUGCAGCAUGAGCUGUGCCUAUCAGGGCAUGCCAACACCACAGGUAUGA